CACUCCACUAACCGUGGUUUAUCAAGACUUCUCAUUAUUUUGUGACACCGACUCGUCCGUCACCUGACUCAUCUGAACAAACUGUUUGGAUUCAUGACGAUCCGUUAAGUGGGAAGACGUAAACUCAUAUUGACCCCCACAAGACCAAGAUUAACAGAACCUGCAGUACUUGGUUUUCACCGGGGCAUAUAAUUGUUCCCUGGGAGGUGUUUGACUCUGACAUUUGCCUUGUGUGGCUCAGCUUUGGUCUGAUUUGUUUGUGCUUUGGCUGGGGUGAAGAACGCCGAUGGCUCUCAUGGAUAAGCAUAAAGUCAAGCGACAGAGGCUUGACCGAAUUUGUGAAGGCAUUCGCCCCCCGAUAUUGAAUGGGCCGAUGCACCCGCGCCCCCUAGUGGCACUGUUGGAUGGUCGCGACUGCACCGUYGAGAUGCCUGUCCUGAAGGACGUGGCCACGGUGGCCUUCUGUGAUGCCCAGUCCACCCAGGAGAUCCARGAGAAGGUGCUGAAUGAAGCAGUGGGCGCCCUGAUGUACCACACCAUCACUCUCUCGCGGGACGACCUCGACAAGUUCAAGGGCCUGCGGAUCAUCGUGCGAAUAGGUAGUGGCUUCGACAACGUGGACAUCAAGGCCGCGGCUGAACUAGGUAUAGCUGUGUGUAAUGUGCCUGCCACGUCAGUGGAGGAGACAGCGGACACCUCCAUGUGUCUGAUCCUGAACCUUUACCGCCGCGUCACCUGGAUGCACCAGGCUAUGAGAGAGGGCACCAGGGCUUCCAGCGUGGAGCAGAUCAGGGAGGUGGCCAGCGGCGCUGCCCGCAUCCGGGGAGAGACGCUGGGCAUCAUUGGCCUGGGGCGAGUGGGCCAGGCUGUAGCGCUGCGGGCCAAGGCCUUUGGCUUCAGUGUGAUAUUCUACGACCCCUACCUGCCAGACGGAGUGGAACGCUCUCUGGGCCUGCAGAGAAUGGCCACCCUGCAGGACCUUCUCAUCCACUCUGAUUGUGUGUCACUGCACUGCAGCCUCAACGAGCACAACCAUCACCUCAUCAACGACUUCACCAUUAAACAGAUGCGCCAGGGGGCAUUUUUGGUGAACACGGCACGAGGGGGCCUGGUGGAUGAGAAGGCCCUGGCCCAGGCACUGAAAGAGGGAAGGAUACGGGGUGCGGCCUUGGACGUACAUGAGACGGAGCCCUUCAGCUUCUCUCAGGGCCCACUGAAGGACGCUCCCAAUCUGAUUUGCACCCCCCACACAUCCUGGUACAGUGAGCAGGCGUCCCUUGAAGCUCGGGAGGAGGCAGCUAGAGAAGUGCGCCGGGCCAUCACAGGCCGCAUCCCUGACAGUCUGAAGAACUGUGUGAACAAGGAGUAUCUGAUGGCAACACCCCAGUGGCCUGGUGUGGACCAUGGGGCCGUGCACUCAGAACAGAACGGAGCUGCAGCUUACAGGUUCCCUACUGGUCUAGUGGGAGUGACAGCAGGAGGCCUGACAGGGGCAGGUGCUGCAGUGGAGGGAAUUGUUGCAGGAAACCUGGCUAUGGCACAUGGGAUUGCCCCCAUGUCCCGACCCCCCCACACCCCAUCGCCGGGGCAACCCUCUAAAGCAGAAACAGACAGAGACAUGCCAACGGACCAGUAGCCCUCCACCCCACCCCCCAACUGUCCCCAAUCCCCCUCUUGUCCACAACAUUCCGURGUCACCCUUCAUGUUCAUUCAAGCUUAUAGACACUGGUAUUGAGGUCCAUUCUGACCUGGCUUUGGUCCCGUCCUACAGAACAGAGUCCUUCAGGAGGGACAGAAUCCUCGACUCCCUCCACACAUCCUGUUUUCUCUCAUCCAGAAUGCAAUAAGUGGAUUACUCAAGGAAUUUUUUUUCUCCCAGUUUGCUUUUAAACCCCUCUGUGUCUGACGUUCAUGUGGCUCAGUGGUUUUGUAAAUCAGUCCUUUGUGGAGACCUGUUCCAAUAUUUUUCCUGUGUUUUUUGCUUUUGUUAUCUCUUUUGCUGUUUGACAUGCUAUAAAGUGAGGCAUAAGUCUGGAACGGUAUGGAAGAUUUUUUUCCCCCCACUAUUUGUUCACAAACCUUACAAAGGAUUUUCUAAUGUCGGACUCUACAUUUAGUCAUCACAAUAAAAGUGUGGCUGUGAUUUUUUUAAACUUUUUUUUAUUUUUAGCUUUUUGACAUAAAUUGAAUAAUAUCACAUUAUAUGCCUCUGCUGAUAAAACACAGAAAUAUGUACAGUAUAUUUCUGUGUCAAGACCACCACAUAUGGCCAAAAGUUUUGAGAAUGAUACAAAUAUUAAUUUUCACAAAGUUUGCCGCUUCAGUGUCUUUAGAUAUUUU